GUCUCUGAAUCAACAACACCUUUUGCAUAGUCUUAUUGAUUGAUUUUAAUCUCCUUCGAAGCCCAUUGCUCGACCACAGUUGAACUUUUACACAUCACCAUGGAUCUGGACGCUGGGGACUCCCCGUGGGGCGAUGUGCCCUCGCAAUCUACAAACCUUAGCGCAUCGAAGCAGGACAAUGAUGAAAAUACCCCAGGACAACCCGCACAAACCAGCUCGAACCCCCCUCGUUCGCCAGUACGUCGAGGCCCGCGAGGCACCCGCAAAAUUAACGCACAAGCAACAAAGCUGGAGGCUGUUGAUGAUACCGUUGAUCCGCUCGGUCCGCUUGGCGAGAGCACCGCCGUCGAGAGUAGUCUGUCGCCUAGCGAGGAGGCACCUGCACCACCCCAGAAGGAACCAUUCGCUGCGCGCAAUGCCCGUCCGACGUCGUCUACAUCUCAAACAUCCAGUGGUGCUGCAUUGGCGGACUCAGUGAACCUAGAAGAGGAUGGUGCGGGGUUCAGAGGACCUCCACCGGUGCAACCCCCGACGGACGCAGCGGGAACGAAACGACAGUCUCAGCCCAGCGUCAGUAUUGAACAGGCCGCGAAACCAACUUUCGAGAUCACUGUGGGAGAUCCCCACAAGGUAGGAGAUUUGACUAGCAGCCAUAUCGUUUAUCAAGUUAGAACCAAGACAAGUUCUAAGGCGUACCGACAACCCGAGUUUGCCGUCACCCGUCGAUACCGUGAUUUCUUAUGGCUCUACAACUCGCUGCACGGCAACAAUCCCGGUGUCGUUGUGCCCCCUCCCCCAGAGAAGCAGGCGGUUGGUCGAUUCGAUACGAACUUUGUUGAGUCUAGAAGAGCUGCUUUGGAGCGUAUGCUCAACAAGACUGCAUCGCACCCUAUCCUUCAGCAUGAUGCAGACCUCAAAAUCUUCCUCGAGAGCGAAACGUUCACCAUCGACGUUAAGAACAAGGAAAACCGAGAGCCCGAUCUCGGUCAGAAUAAGGGCAUGUUCAGUUCAUUUGGAAUCAGCGUUGGUGGAGGAGGAAAGUUUGUAGAGCAUGAUGAUUGGUUCCAUGAUCGUAAAAUUUACCUGGAUGCGUUGGAGAACCAACUGAAAGCAUUGCUGAAAGGCAUUGACACUGUGGUUACACAGCGAAAGGGUCUGGCAGAUGCAGCUGGUGACUUUUCGGCCUCACUCCACGCAUUGGCGGCUGUCGAAUUGUCUCCGGCUCUCUCUAGCCCCUUGGAUGGACUUUCAGACCUACAAUUACGCAUAAGAGAGUUGUACGAAAGACAGGCUCAGCAUGAUAUUCUCACACUCGGAAUCACAAUUGACGAAUAUAUUCGUCUCAUUGGAAGUGUUAAGACGGCUUUCUCGCAACGUCAAAAGGCCUACCACACCUGGCAUGCAGCAGAGUCAGAUAUGCAGAAGCGAAAACACACCCAAGAGAAACUUCUUCGACAAGGAAAGACCCAACAAGACCGCCUGAACCAGGCCAACGCCGAUGUUGCAGAUGCCGAGAGAAAGGUCCACCAGACGAAACUGUUGUUUGAGGACAUGGGGAAGUUGAUGCGGAGUGAGCUGCAGCGGUUUGAAAGGGAGAAGGUAGAAGAUUUCAAGUCCGGUGUUGAGACCUUCUUGGAGAGUGCUGUCGAGGCUCAGAAAGAGUUGAUUGAACUUUGGGAAACCUUCCUCAUGCAGUUAGACGCGGGCGAGGAAAGCAAUCCGUUCUACUCAUCCAUCCCUGCUGCUGGUGAUGCACCCGCAACUGAGUCGGGAAGCACUGAAGCUGCCUCCGUGACCACUGGAGGAGAGGAUGCUUAAAGCUGAUCUCUUCCUUACAUACCCUUUCUCUUACUCUGCCAUGUACAAAAGAGCAGCAUCGACGUACUUGGGCAUCUUUAUAGCCCCUAUAUCGUAUCAAACUCGGAUGGCCUGCGCAUUGUUUUUUUUUAAGCUGCGAUGA